AUGUCUAAUGCCAUUGAUUUUGAGUUUCAUGCCUAUAAUGAGAAUAAAUUCCCCAAAUUUAAGGAUAUCUCAGGACCAUCACCAUUUUGGAAUAAAUACAGAGAAGGACCUUCAUUUAUAUUUCCAGAAUCACAAGACCAGCCUUUAUUACCAUCUGGCAAACUUGAUGAACUCUAUGGUCGGAAUAUACAAGAUAAAACCCCACUCUUAGGAUCUACCUAUAGUGAAAGUGUUCGUCUAGUUGACUUGCUUAAGGAUGAUGACUUUAUUCGAGACCUUGCCAUUAAGAUAUCCCAACGAGGAGUGGUUAUUUUUAAAAAGCAAGAUGAUAUUACUGUGGAACAACAAAAAGAACUUGUACAGAGGCUAGGUUUACUUAGCGGAAAACCUCCCCGAAAUGGUCGUCAUAUUCAUCCAGUUGCUCCUGCAGGAGGGGUAUUCAAUAGAUUCGGGAUAAUUGACCCAGAAAUUUUUACCAUUUCAAAUCGACUUGAUAAACAAUACAGUAGAGAAAAUAGUUAUAAACCUUCGGCACAUACAUGGCACUCAGAUAUUACAUUCGAACCAGUCCCAGCAGAUUAUUCCUUAUUGAGAAUGGUCAAUAUUCCACCUAGUGGUGGAGACACGUUUUGGGCCAAUGGCUAUGCACUUUACGAGAAGCUUUCACCCUCCUUUAGACUGUACCUUGAAACACUUACAGGAACAUUUUCCAAGCCUAACUUCAAAGAAAUUAGCAAAAAGGGAGGUUUUAAAAUUUAUUCUGAUGAGCGAGGAGCCCCAGAAAACAUUGGAGACGAUCUUAUUGCUAUUCACCCAGUUGUUCGCACCAACCCUGUUACGGGGUGGAAAUCAGUAUUUUCUGUCGGGCAACAUUUUACUAAAUUCAAUGAAGUGACACCUCUUGAAUCAGAACUUUUAAAAAAUUUUAUUUGGAAUCUUUUAGUUCAAUCGUACGAUAUUCAUGCCAGACACAAAUGGGAUCGUAAUGAUAUUGCCAUAUGGGAUAAUCGAUCAACUUAUCAUGCCAUAAACUUGGAUGUGAUAUUUUAUGACAAUUAUUUGAGAACUGGAAUCCGUACAAUUGGUAUAGGCGAGCGCCCUUAUUUGAACCAGGAAAGCACUACUCAGACUGAAGGACUAUCAAAAAAAAAAAAAAAAAAAUAA